AUGGCGCGGCGUCGCCUAAGCCGCGUCAAGGUUCCCCUGCGGCUCGUUUUGCCCCUGGUCCUGCUGCACGCGGUGCUUAGGGCCAACGACUUGUCGCUGCUCCACCCGGAGCACUGGUUCGCGUGGAGCGUCGCAGCGGAUGCCGUUGGAGUCGAGUCGCAUCGAGAGAGCAGGUCGGCUCCGACUCUGCCCGACCCGCAGGAGCUCAAGGCGAGGUGGAUGGCUGAACUCAAGCCUCCCAAGGGCGCGGGCAUCGAUAUCGGGUCGGCUUCCAAGGCUUCGUCGUGGAAGGGAUUCGAUGGAAGCCUCACCAGCGGCGAAGGAGACUCGCUCGACGCGCGCAUCCAGAAGGAGCGGGCUGUCACCGACGACGAGGAAGAGGAGUUCGAGGGCGACGACCCCGAGCUCGUCAUCCCCGAUCCGAUGCCCGUCCUCGCGCACAAAGUCGCCAAACCCGAGACGCCCUCCGCGUUCGCCGCGCUCGGCAAGUUCGCCGUCGGGGACACGGUCAGCGCGUGCUUCGCCACGAUCGAGAUGCUCGACUUUCUCGUCAACUGGCUCGAGCACGCGUCGCGUCUCGAAAUGCGAAACGUGCUCGUCAUCGCGAUGGACAAGCACACGGCGCGAUGGUGCGACGAGAACGGCGUGGCGCGGAUGGACGCCUCGGAUGCCAUAGACAAGUCGGAGAUGAACGACCCGCGCGUGGAGGUGGCGGACGUGGGAUACAGGAUGACGAGGGGGUUCAACCUGUUGGGAGAGGCCAAGACGGCGUCCAUCGCGAAGCUGUUGGACAUGGGACUCGACGUUUUCCUAUCGGACGUCGACGUCGUUUGGCUCAGGAACCCGAGCGAUUACUUCGAGUCCGGACAGUUGGCCCUCGCGGACGUGGCGGUGACGAGCGAUUGCGUGUUUGGGAGCGAGCGACGGCGGCCCGGGUGGAGAGACGAGUUCGGGCAGGACCCCGAGCCGACCAGAGCCAGCGCAAACACCGGCGUGACGCUCUUCAGAUCCAACCCGAGGGCGAAGGCGUUCGUCGCCGCGUGGCGCAGAAGGCAACGGCGGACGCGGGAGACGGAGCCGCAGCACAACGAUCAGCAGCACUUUCAGUUUACGCUGGCCAGGUCGCACGGGUUCGAGGCCGACACCGAGGUUUUAAAAUUUGACAAUCAGGCGCCGGAUGGAAAGUCAGACAAAGAGAUGUUCGUCGACGAUUGGAUCCGCGGGUUCCGGCCGAGGUACUACUACGCACACGUCGGGAUCGACGGCGACGAAGAGACGGUGGAGACUAAGGUGAAGGUUGCCUUACUGCCCACGAACUUGUUUCCCAACGGACACUUACACUUCGUCGCGCAUCACGCUGCAAAGCAGGGCUUCGCCGACGAAGUGUACGCCGUGCACGGCACCCACAACUACGGCGGCAGCCCGGGUAAGCUUGGCCGAUUCAGAGAGCACGGCAUGUGGGCCGUGGACGGAGAGGAGUAUUACUUUGGGGAUUUAAAGCAAAAGGCGCCGAAGUACCUGAAGGUUCGGUUCACCGUGCCCGAGUACCUGGCGGAUCCCACCCCGAACUUAGCGGUUGGUAAGGGCGAGAGGCCCGAGCGCCACCUCAAUCUUUUGCAGUGGCAGAUUGAGCGGGUCCGCGACGGUUUGGCGCUGGCGAACAUAACGGGAAGGACGCUGAUUUUACCGCCGAUGCUGUGCACGUGCGACCGAUGGUGGUACCUGUUCCAGAACUGCACCAACGGGGUCGUGACCCUGCCGUUCGUGUGCCCGAACGACCACGUCUACCUUGAGCCCCUCAUGCGAAAGCCGGAGAAGAUGUUGCGCUAUCGCGAGCACACGUUUCUGCGGCAGCGACGAGAGUUCGCGAAACGCGCGAGCGACCCGAGGCGGCUCGAGGAACGAGCGAUACGAAGCGUCGCGAGGUUGACGUUCUGCGAGGACGGCGACGGCGAGGGGCGGUGCGCUCCAACACCGGUCGAAGGGAUCAUGACGACACUUCCGGGAUACGUUCCCGACCCAGAGACUGAUUCUCUUCUGGACGCCAUAGCCGGAGAUCCCGGCAAAGACGUCACGGUCGCGUACGGAUCACUGGCCAAACACGUGAUGAAUGCCCUGGAGGGUAACGAAGACGCGGACAUGCUCGUUGUCGACGGUCUUGGUCGGGGAUUAAACGAGGGUUGGGACGAAGGCGUGACCCCGUUCGGGGGCUUCGACACGCAGUACAUGAACCAGGUGUUCCACAAGGUGACGGAGUGGAUCACGGAGUCUUGGUGCUGUUACUUCCACUCGAUGGAGGACAGGGGCACCGAAGAAAAAGGUGCAGGAUGUCAAGGUUGA